UUUUAUUUCAGUCUAUGGUUGAAUUCGCAUGUGGUUUGGUUAUGUGAAAAAAAUUAUGGAAUAGAUACACUGAGGAUUUCUGACUAUCAGAGCAUUUUAAAAUUGUUCAAAAGAUCUGAACUUUCUCCCCUCAUUACAUUAAUCAAUAUAUUCGAACGCCAAGUUUCAUAGGAUAUUCUAAUUCUGUCCUUUUUUCACUUAUACCUAUAUCAUAUUCAUAUUCUCAUAUCACUAUGAGUGACGACGACAGAGAUAUAGACGUAGAAAGUGAUGAAGGAGAGGAUUCGGAUACAAGACAGCCAACUGUACAACGACAAACUACAGGCAAUCAGUAUUACUCCCAAGCAGAAAAAAGAGCCCAUCAUAAUGCUCUGGAACGAAAACGAAGAGAUCAUAUCAAAGAUAGUUUCAGCAGUUUGCGUGAUACAGUUCCAGCGUUAAAUGGUGAAAAAGUAGCUAGUCGAGCUCAAAUUCUGAAAAAAGCUGCAGAAUACAUAAUGCUCAUGAGGAGAAAAAAUUCAUCACAUCAAAGGGAUAUAGACGAUUUAAAACGUCAAAACAGUUUAUUAGAAGCUCAAAGUAAGAUUUACUUCUUGAAGGAAGGAAUAUGGAGGCAUUUUAUUUCAAUUUUAAUUACAGUAAAUCAAUUGGAGAAGGCCAAAGCAACGGGAUCGUUUAGUAUAGAUUCAGGUGAUAGAAGUAGCUACAAUGACAGUGAAUCAGAUACAUCUGAAGGAGAAAUGCCAGUACAAAGAAAAAGAACUAAAAAGGUUAAGUCUUCUCACCACUAACCUUUGCAGAUAAAAGACUUCAAAAGAUGUUCCAGGGUGUGGGAAAAGCAGUUUUGAAUGGAUGAUCAUGAAGCAGUUUUAACCAAAACUCAUUUAUGAUUCCAGUAAAUUGAAAGGACGAUUUACACGUUUGUACUUCAUUGUUUGGGAGUAGUGUUGAUCAUAUUUCACAUACACAGCUGUGAAAUAUUGAAUAAACCAAGAUUUAUUUUUGUUGUAUAUUUCUUUUAAUAAUAUAAUCUCUUUUUUAAUAAUA